UUCCAGAACUGUCAGCUGCAAGAUCUGAUCAAGCCAGGUGGUUGUAUUUGCUUGGCCUGUUAAUUUAAACUGCUUUCUCGUAGAUAGCCAUUGCUGAAUUUUGUCUCGAUCACUACAAAUGGAAACUCGCUCGGCUUGCAGCUCCAAGGCCCACGCCCAGCGUCAAUAUUACGAUAAGCUGAGCAAUCUCCAAUUCCAAGUAAGCUCAUUGGAGAGCCAAUAUGAUCAGCUUCUCAAGACAUUCCGUCGAUUAGAUGUACCACCCGUGAACGGAAUCGACAAAGUCAACACCAAGCAAAAGGCUCUCGCAUGUAUACUUAGAAGAGUGCACAAGCAACUGAAAAUGAUGCGAAGUGCCCUAAGAGAGGAAACUACCCGGGUGAUAUGCGUUCGAACUACAUGUACAGCAGCAGACCGAAAACGUCGCUACAAGUCACCAGGAGUCGAGCUAGAGCGUGGAGUACACCGCACUAACAAUUUAUCCCAGGGAGAAGUCUGUUCCAGAGUUGGCCACCGAGACAGCAGGCCACGUAAGAAGUAAAGAUUGAGAAGCGGGAAUUGAAGAACAUUUGAACCGUUAGCUGCAAGUGCAAGUAGUAUUAAUCCUUGUCAAGCACUGAGAGUUCACUCCUGACUGACCAGAAGUUGCCACCACACCGACUGGGUGUGGUCGCCACAGUGACGACGUCAAUGAAGAGUGACUUGGUCCUGGUGGCAAUGACUUUAUGGAAUAAUUCGGCGAC